CUUUCUGACAAAUCGGGAGUGCGUGCGAUGAUCCAUUGAGGGGGCAGCGUCAUGCCUCACAAGACAGAACUCUAUGAAGAUGUCCCACCCACAUGUUGGCCUAUUGUGUAUUCCCCUGAUUACAACAUUACAUUUAUGGGACUGGAGAAACUACACCCGUUUGAUGCUGGAAAAUGGGGGAAAGUAGUAAAUUUCUUGAAAGAAGCAAAACUGAUUACAGAUGACUCAGUUGUACGAGCUCGAGAAGCCACUGAAGAAGAUCUUUUAGUUGUUCACACACGACAGUACUUAAACCGAUUAAAGAAGCAUACAAUGGAAAGCUUUGAAGAGUGGUCGUUUGUUGUGGCUACAAUUACGGAAAUUCCACCUGUUCUUUUUCUGCCCAAUUUCCUUGUUCAGAGGAAGGUACUGAGACCUCUCAGAACACAAACAGGAGGAACAAUAAUGGCAGGGAAACUGGCAAUUGAGAGAGGAUGGGCAAUUAAUAUUGGUGGUGGUUUUCAUCACUGUUCAAGUGAUAAAGGAGGAGGAUUUUGUGCAUAUGCUGAUAUUUCAUUGGCCAUAAAGUUUUUAUUUGAAAGGCUAGAAGGAGUUUCUAAAGCAACUAUUAUAGAUUUGGAUGCCCAUCAGGGGAAUGGCCAUGAAAGAGACUUCAUGGAGGAUAGAAGAGUGUACAUUAUGGAUGUCUACAAGAGGUAUAUUUAUCCAGGAGAUGGAUUUGCUAAGCGAGCCAUUCGGUGGAAGGUUGAAUUGGACUGGGGCACAGAAGAUGCAGAAUACCUUCAGAAAGUCCAAGCGCAUGUGGAAUCUGCCUUGAAUGAAGUGAAAUCAGACAUUGUUGUUUAUAAUGCUGGAACUGAUAUUUUGGACGGUGACCCCUUGGGAGGCCUGGCUAUUUCACCUCAGGGCAUUAUCGACAGAGAUGAAAUCGUAUUUAGAGCUGCUUGAAAACACAGAAUUCCCAUCUUGAUGGUGAUCUCUGGAGGCUAUCAGAAGAGGACAGCACGGAUUAUUGCAGAUUCUCUUCUCAACUUGCACAGCAUUGGGCUGAUUGACAAGGAGCUUGCAACUGGGGAAGCGAGAGAUGCACAGGUAGAAAUGAUGAGCAGAGAGCCGAAGGACGCCCGUCCAGCUCGUCACUAAAAUAGGACGUGUUGUCGAUCAUUGCAUAGGAUUGGAGUGACUCUCUAAUUGUUUAAUAUUUAAACCUCAAGACAGGAAGUAUCCACAGUUCUUAUAGAAUUAACAAACUCUAAUGAGUGAAGGGGGUUCUUAAUUCGUUAACACUGACAGUCCGGUGGAGAAUACAAAUGAAUGGAUGUUUCUCAUGGCUUCUUCCAACACUUUUAAGUGCUGCUUUGUUAAUGCAAUCUGGACGCAUGAACUGAGGGUACAUACUCACAUUCAGUGUAAUGUAAUACAAAAAUACAUUAUUGCAUUGAUGUCUUCUUGUACAGUCAGUGUAUAAGAAGACAUUAAUACUGUAUCAUUUUUGCCUCCCAGUGGCCUGUCCCUUUGAUGAAAAGGGAGUCAUGUAUGUAAGAUAUGAAGAAUGCACCAAUUAAAGGGUGCAGCCUUUCUGCAGGUCAGUAGACCGCUUGAUGCCUAGAGCAGGAGUAUUUUGAGGAGGACUGUUAAGAUAUGUGUAGCCUGCAUAAUUACAUUGUAAACCGCCCAGAGAGUGCUUGAAGUGCUAUGGGGCGGUAUAUAAGCAGCAUGCUUUGCUUUUUGCUUUUAUAUUGCAAGUGUGAAAACAGUAAUGGAUGUAGAACUACAACACAAGGUACUGUUUCAUCCAUUUCCAGACGAUUUCCUGCAGGCAAAGAGCAAGCCUGUUUGAAUGUGAGAAUUAUUUUUCUUUAAUGAGUAGUUGAUUAUACUUAGCCGAAGGAAACACGUUUAAUGUGUUCCUAUGGGCAAAAAGCUCACCAUUAUGCGGAAAUCCUCCAUGUGGCUGCCAUUUUCG